AUGGUUGGCUUUUGCUCCAGAAAAAUAAGCCUGAACCUGCCCAAGUUCUCCAUCUCUGGCGACUAUGACCUGAAGCAAGUCCUGUCUCAGCUGGGCAUCAGCAGCGUCUUCUCCCAGCAUGCGGAUUUCUCAGGCAUCACCAAGGAUCAGAGACUGAGCAUCUCCCAAAGCAGCUCAGCGGACUCAGGAUUGAGUCCACCUGGGGCCCUGGGCCUCACCAAGGACAUAAGCAUUUCGCACAUCCAAGAGCUAAGGGUGAAGAUGCAGAAAAUAUACCAUGGCCCCCCCGUGGAUAUCUCCAGACAAGUCCACAGAAACAAUGAAUUCACCUUCAACCUCUACAGGCUCUUGGCUGCCCGAGAUCCCUCGAUCAACAUCAUCUUCUCCCCACUCAGCGUCUCCAUGGCUCUGGCCUUCUUGGCACUUGGGACCGGUGGCCACACCAAGACCGAGAUCCUCCAGGGCCUAAAGUUCAACUUCAACGAGACACCUGAGGCCGACAUCUACUGGGGCUUUCAUCUGGCGAGGAGCCUCCUGAACAUGACCAGGAACAUCCUGCAGCUGAACAUGACCACCACCUUGUUUGUGGACCAGCAGCUGGUGCUGAAGAAGGAUUUCCAGAAAAAAGCUCAGGCCCUGUAUGGAGCCAAAGCCACCUCUGUAGACUUCCAAAAUCUCACCACCACCGUGAAGCUCAUCAAUGACUAUGUGGAGCAGAAAACAAACGGGAAAAUCCUGGACGUGGUACUAGACUUAAACAAACAGACCAAGAUGCUUUUGGUGAACUCCCUCCUCUUCAAAGCCAAGUGGAUGACGCCCUUUGACCCCACUAACACCUUCAUGUCAUAUUUCUACGAGAGCGACAUCACCGUGCUGAAGACUCCCAUGAUGAGAGCUGAUAACCUGGAGGUGUUCUACUUCCGGGACGAGGAGCUCUCCAGCACCUUGGUUCAGCUCCCAUACACGAGUAGUGUUGCCUUAGCUCUCCUCAUCCUCCCUGACCAGGGUAACAUGUCCAGGGUGGAGGCUGCACUGCUCCCAGACACGCUCCAACGCUGGAGGAAGUCGCUGAAAAUAAGGACGGCAAGCUUGUACCUGCCCAGGUUCUCCCUCUCCGAGGUCUAUGACUUGGAAGAAGUCCUGCCUAAGCUGGGCAUCGCCAAGGUCUUCUCCCAGGAGGCGGAUUUCUCAGGCCUCACCCCCGCCAGGAACGCGAGCCUUUCCAGGGUGGUCCACACAGCUCUGCUGGAUGUGUCCGAGAAUGGCUCUGAAGGAACUGAAGGAGAUGCCACCACAGGAAAUGAACCUAAUCCUCUUGGCACAAGUCCAAAUAUUAUAACUGUGAACUUCAACAGGCCCUUCUUGGUGGCCGUCAUCUCAGAGGACACACAGGGCAUCCUCUUCCUGGGCAAAGUGGCCAACCCGACCCUGCCUGGAGCAAGGGUGAGGCUCAUGUCUGCCUCGGUGGACCAUAACUGGGCAUCCCUGCAGCUGGGCACCCACAAGUGGGUCCCCCAUGCUGCUGACACCCCAUAG